UGGCCUUUUUUGGGUUCCAUUUGCUCCCAGGUUCAAAUCCCUCCUCUACUGCAGCUGCAGGAGCGGUCUGCAGCCAGCCUGUUCGCCCUGCCAGGCUUAGGGAGCAGGGAGGACUCCGCGUGCUCAGGAGGGAAGUGUUCAAAAGCUCACUGGGGACUUGCGGGACGGCGAGUGCGUCACGAACAACAGUCCCAUGCAACUUCUCAAGCGCAGGCUCUGAACAUAGGGGAAAGCAGGGGCAAACGUGGCAGGGUUGGCUGGCUACGGGGAAACGGUUCGCUCCCUGAGCCAGGCAGCACUGGCAAGCGAGAAGUGACCUUUUCCAACAAAACAUAAGCUGUUUUCCUCCAACUCAAAGCAUCCCCUGGAAUAACUGGAUCAGCUCUGCGCACCGGCAGACCUUUGUCUUGCAUGAAUCAACAUGGAAAGGAAUCUUAGGAAUGUUUUGGUCAUUUCUUUCGGAUUUUUACUUCUCUUCACUGCUUACGGAGGACUCCAGAAUCUACAGAGCAGUCUCCACGCAGAAGAAGGCCUGGGUGUCGCUUCCCUAAGUGCGCUCUACGCUGCGCUCAUCUUAUCGUCCAUGUUCCUCCCUCCAAUCCUCAUCAAGAAGCUGGGCUGCAAGUGGACCAUCGCAGGCUCUAUGUGCUGCUACAUCGCAUUCUCCUUAGGGAACUUCUACGCUAGCUGGUACACACUAAUCCCUACCUCUGUGAUCCUGGGCUUAGGAGGAGCACCACUCUGGUCUGCCAAAUGCACUUACCUCACCAUCGCUGGCAAUUCAUAUGCUGAGAAAGCAGGAAAAAACGGGAAAGACAUUAUCAGCCAAUACUUUGGGGUCUUCUUUCUGAUAUUUCAGUCCUCCGGCAUCUGGGGAAAUCUCAUCUCAUCCUUGAUAUUUAGCCAAGCUUCCAACAAAGUGGAACUCUCAGAAGAAAACCUGGCAUGCUGCGGAGCGUAUGACUGCACGACCGAUACCAGUAACACCACUGGGUCAGCAGAACCCUCCAGCUCCUUAAUCUACACUCUGCUAGGGAGCUACACUGCUAGUGGUGUGCUAGCUGUGCUGCUGAUCGUUGUAUUUCUGGACCAGAUCAAACCUGACCAAGCAGAGACCGAGAAAGAAAUACUAGAGACACCAUCCUUUUGGUCUACGUUCCUAGCAACUUUCCAGCAUCUUAAAGAUAAAAGACAGUGUCUUCUAAUCCCUCUGACAAUGUACAGUGGGUUUGAACAGGGUUUUCUUUCUGGUGACUACACAAAGGCGUAUGUGACCUGUGCCCUGGGGAUACAUUACGUUGGUUAUGUGAUGAUCUGCUUUUCAGCUGUGAAUUCCCUCUCCUCUCUGCUCUUUGGAAAGAUCUCGCAGUUCACGGGUAGAAAACUGCUAUUUGCAUUAGCUGCAGUUACAAACACCGCCUGUAUAAUAGCACUACUGCUGUGGAAACCUCAUCCUAAGCAGCUUGCUGUGUUUUUCGCAUUCUCUGCUCUUUGGGGCCUAUCUGAUGCCAUUUGGCAGACACAAACUAAUGGACUCUACGGCAUUUUAUUUGAGAAACACAAGGAGGCUGCCUUUGCCAAUUACCGGCUCUGGGAAUCGUUAGGAUUUGUCAUUGCCUUUGGUUAUAGCACCAAAUUGCAAGUCUACAUCAAACUGUACAUUUUAUUGUCUGUGCUUGCAUUGUCUAUGGUGACAUAUGGAGUGGUUGAAUACCUCGAAGCUAAGAGCUCCCCUGGGGCCCCAACUGCUACAAAGCAGGAAAAUGUAGAACCAAAGGAAAACGUAGAAACUCUCAUCCAGGAAACACACAUGUAAUCCAACAGGGCCAUGGUGAUGGAGGCAAAGCAAACUGGGGGGCUCCUACAGGUAUGUCUCCAAGGGUGUUCCAACACGUGCCAUCUCCAGAAAGGGGGUAACAGAACAGAUUUCAAGGCUAGUAUAAUGCAAAUGUCUUAGGAAUAAAAAUAUCUCUUGACAUCUGCGCUUUAUAAGUGAAGAUUAUCUGACUGCACCCUUUCAUACGGAUGAACUGUUUCCUCUUUUUUAAUUAAUAAGGUCUUAAUAAAUGUAAACAAGAUUUUUAAAGUCUUCCUAUUUUCGUAUCUGUGGAUCAGACCGAGUAACACAUCUUUACAAUCAAACCUGAAAAGCCUACAUGCAACAUCAGAAGAUGACAGCAACUGGGGUUGCUCAACUAACUGCAGACAACAUGCAUCAUUACAUGGAACCACUAUUUAUAAGGAAUUGUAUUGUUCUCAUCCUG